CUUAUCAACACAUUUGAGAGCCUGACCCAAACACUGACAGAGAUUUUGCUGCAGCAAUGACUGUCAUAGAAGAAAGUCGCCCUUUUGCACAGCAGUUAUCCAAUGUCUACUUUACUAUACUUUCACUUUUUUGUUUUAAACUUUUUGUGAAGAUCAGCCUGGCUAUACUUAGUCAUUUCUACAUUGUGAAAGGAAACCGUAAGGAAGCAGCAAGGAUAGCUGCUGAAUUUUAUGGAGUUCCUCAAGGACAAGGUUCUUGGGCAGAUCGCUCACCUCUGCAUGAGGCAGCCAGUCAAGGACGUCUUCUUUCUCUAAGGACUUUAUUGUCACAGGGAUACAAUGUAGACACACUAACAAUUGACCAAGUAACUCCACUCCAUGAAGCCUGUCUGGGAGAUCAUGUAGGAUGUGCAAGAAUCCUCCUUGAAGCAGGAGCAAAUGUAAAUGCUACCACAAUUGAUGGAGUGACACCUUUAUUUAAUGCCUGUUCGAGAGGCAGUGCAGCAUGUGCCGAGCUCCUGUUACAGUAUGGUGCCAAAGCUCAGUGGGAGUCCUGUCUGCCAUCACCAACACAUGAAGCAGCCAGCAGAGGUCACAGUGAAUGUCUGGAGGUACUGAUAUCCUGGGGUAUAGAUGUUGACCAAGAUCUUCCUCAUUUAGGAACACCUCUGUAUGUAGCUUGUGUUUCACAGCAGAUCCAUUGUAUUCGAAAGCUUCUUUAUGCAGGUGCCAAUGUACAGAAAGGAAAGAAUUUGCAAACUCCACUCCAUGCUGCUGCCCAGAAUUCUAGUACAGAGAUUGUAAACUUACUCCUCGAAUUUGGGGCAGACAUAAAUGCCAAAAAUUCAGAUUUUGAGAGGCCUGUUGAUUUAGCUGCCCCAAGCAGUUUAGUGGAGAGACUGCUGCUCUUCCACGAAGCUACACCAUCUUCUCUUUGUCAGCUCUGCCGACUAUGUAUCCGAAAUUACAUAGGAAGAGCUAGACUGCAUCUUGUUCCACAGCUCCAGUUGCCAACAAUACUUAAGAAUUUCUUACAGUACAGAUAACAUAGUAAUUAACUGAUAGAAACUUAAAUAUAGCAAGUACAUUUUCUUCUCUCUGUUUAUUGUAUGUUUUAUCUAAAGAACUGCUGGGCGGAAAAAAAAAAGCCUUUUGCAUAUUGCUUAAAAAAAUUGUAUCUUUGACACCUGGUGUUGGUAAUGUAAUAGUAAUUGGGAGCCAUUCAGCAACUAGUGCCAAGGUGCUAAUCCAGCUGAAUUAAAUAAGUGUGCUGAUACUCUGGGACAUGAUUGUAUAACUUUAUCUUAACCCUUAAUAGCUUUAGUGCUGUUAACUUUAAUUGUGUUCAUGUUUUUAAAAUCUGUUUGACACACCUGAACCACAAAGAGUUUCUUCAUUAUUAUUUGUUAAGUUUGUCCAUUUGUAUUUUUAAAUUUCUGUUGUUUGUGUACCUAAAAAUAUUUGGUGAUGGGUGCACUAUAUGCAUUGAUAAAAAUAAAACAAUUAGACUUUGAUUCUUUUUCUUUAUAUAAACAAUUCAUUAAUCACAGUGAGGAGCUUCCUUUACUCUUCCUCACUGCCUGUGCUGUGAAUUGUAAUUAAACUGAUGUGAACACAAACUUAAUUUUUUGUAGAAUUCUGUUUAUUGGUACAAUUAGUAACUUACUUCUCAAAAGCCUUACCGCAGAGAUACUUUUGAUAUACUCCUGUAAAACAGAAUUACAUGGAAACUUCCCUUAUCUUUUCAUAAAAAUGCUGUAUCACAAGCAUUUAAUUAGCAUAUUAAAUAAUUAUUUGCCUCAGAGAGAGGCAUAUUUUAAUGUGUAGUAUCUGUGAGCUUUCUGAAGUGGAGAUGUGGAUACUGAAUCCACAAGCUCGAGUUCAGGAGGUGAUUACAAGGUUUCAAACAUGUCAGUUUUCUGUAUCAAGAUGGGUAUAUCUUGAUAAGGACAUUACUUCUCUUACUAUCCGUUUUGUAAACAUUUACCUAGCUCCAAAAAUCCUAUUGCAAAUUCCCAGAAUACCCCAGCAUGCAUUUCUGUGAAAAGGUAUUGUUCAACUCUAGCCAGAGAUGGAAUGGUGACACCCCCAAGAGACAUUAGAAAAGCCUAGGGCUUUGCUCAUGCCCUUGAAUUUUUGAUAAUUGUGAUCUGAAUAGAUGAAAAUGCAGCACUUAUCCUUCCCCACUUCUCAUUUGGUGUUCCUUUAAGAACAGAUUACAUUCUCAGUGACUGGUACUCCCUACAAACUAAAGCAUGGGACACCUGAAAACUUGCCAUUUGUCUUUGGUGAUUCACCCUCUUCCAUUCCUUUUCAGUGACUCCUUUCAGUAUUUAUGUUUCUACUGGAAAGAUGCUAAGUGAGGAACUAACUGUAGAGGAAGCUUUCACAAAGAGGAAUGCUUACUCAGUUGCUAAAUUAUAUGCACCUAAUAAAAAGUGUUGUUGUCUCGA